AUUUAUCGAUAAGAACAGUAUACUAUUCGUGAAUCAAACGAAAACACAACAAAAAUGUUCAGCAAAAUUUUCUUCCUCUGCUUAGUAGCUUACGCUGCUGCAGUUUUCGAACCAGUUGCCCAAUCAUACUCAACCCAAACAAAGCAUACCACCCUUCAUACUGCUGGUGCUCUUGUUAGUCACGUUGCUCCAGUAGCUGCAGUACAUGCUCCAGCCAGUUCAUACUCAACAGUAUCUUUUGGACAAUCUUCUGUACACGCUGCUCCAUCUGUUGCUUAUUCUGCUCCAGUUUACCAUGCCGCUCAAAUCUAUCAUGCUGCUCCUGUAGUACACUCUGCACCAGUUUACCAUGUUGCUCCUGUAGUACACUCCGCUCCAGUUGUCCAUGUUGUGAAACAAGAGGAAGAACAUAAUGCUCCUGCUUACUACCAAUACAAAUAUGGAGUUGAAGACCACCACACCGGUGACAUCAAAUCCCAAGAAGAAUCUCGUGAUGGUGAUGUAGUCAAGGGUUCCUACUCCCUCCAUGAAGCUGAUGGUACCAUCAGAACUGUCAAAUACACUGCUGAUAAAAAUGGAUUCAAUGCUGAUGUACAGAAAUCUGGACAUGCUGUUGUGAGCCAUGUAGCUCCAACUCACACUAUUCUUGCACCUGUAGUUCUAAGCGUUCUAGCUAUUGUAGCAUACUCCAAUGCAGUGAUUUAUCCAGCAACAAGCUAUAGCAACGUUCACAAUGUAGGGUCAUAUGGAGCUUACCCAUCAGCACUUUCUUCAGUGUUGGUAGCACCUCACGUAGGAUACCCAACUGGAUAUGGUCACCAUGGAUACGGAUAUGGCGGAGCUGGUUAUUCUCCUAUAUAUGAACAUGACCAUGCUACCUAUCCCAAAUAUCAAUACGAAUACGGAGUCAACGAUCCCCAUACUGGUGAUCAUAAAUCUCAGCAUGAAAUUCGCGAUGGAGAUUUGGUUAAAGGAUCCUACUCAGUUGCUGAUCCUGAUGGCACCUUGAGAACCGUACACUACACUGCUGAUGACCAUAACGGUUUCAACGCCGUGGUGCAAAGGCAAGGACAUGCUGUUCAUCCAGCUGUUUACGGCAAACCAGCUUACAAUGCCUACUCUCCUUAUGGAUCGUAUGGAGGUUAUGGUUAUGGAUCUCAUGGAGGUUAUGGCUAUUAUUAAAUGAAGACUAUAUUUCAUAUUGUAUAUAAACGAAAUGUAAAAG